CCAGGAGAGAAAUGGGAGGGGUGUAUUACUAAGCUGAUGCUUUAAACAAACUUUUGUACAGAGUAACUGCCUCUAUCCCUCUGUCCCACAGACAAAGCUUAGUCGGCCGUUCACUUCAUCACCUAAAGCCAAGGUUCAGUCAGCCACCAUCAUGUCCAGCAAACGAGCCAAGGGGAAGUCCACAAAGAAGAGGCCACAGAGGGCCACGUCUAAUGUGUUUGCUAUGUUCGACCAGUCCCAGAUCCAGGAGUUCAAGGAGGCCUUCAAUAUGAUUGACCAGAACAGGGACGGAUUCAUUGACAAGGAGGAUCUACAUGACAUGUUAGCCUCCUUGGGUAAGAACCCAUCUGAUGACUAUCUGGAGGGCAUGAUGAGCGAAGCUCCGGGUCCCAUCAACUUCACCAUGUUCCUCACCAUGUUUGGAGAGCGUCUGAAUGGAACAGACCCUGAGGAUGUGAUCAGGAAUGCCUUUGCCUGCUUUGAUGAGGAGGGAUCCGGUGUGAUUCACGAAGAUCACCUGAGAGAGCUGUUGACCACUAUGGGGGAUCGCUUCACUGAUGAGGAAGUGGACGAGCUAUUCCGAGAGGCUCCCAUUGACAAGAAAGGCAACUUCAACUAUGCCGAAUUCACUCGCAUCCUCAAACACGGGGCUAAGGACAAGGAUGACAUGUAAAGCCUUAGAGACUCUUAACUUGGCAGCAGAGUGCAUUUUACUUACAAAAAUAAUGUGUCCAUAAAGGGAGAACAAAAGACAAACAAAUGACACAUUACUGUAAAGUAAAAAGCACAUAAAACACAACUGUAUUACAGUAUAACCACACAAAAAUACAAAAAUGAGUCCUUCUUAUUAUAGGCUACUUGCACUUGUGUAGAUUAAAUUGUGAUGACUGUAUACCUCGUUUUUUUUUUUUUCCUCUUCAUAUGCCCAUGUGCCUUAAAGAAUUAUAUAGUGCACGGAACUGUGUCCUUGUUUUUUUCUGCAGACGUUCAAUAGGUUCAGUUGGUUACUGUGAAGUUCAGCUAAUAUGAAGUCGUAACAUAAAAGUAAACAUCUCAGCAAAAAGACUGUUACAUGUAACGUUGUGUGAUAAUUCAGAGGGAAACCACUGUAACAUGGUCAGAUUAAACUGAUAGAAACACUG